CUCUUUCCUGUCUGGCUUCUCCAGCCUCGCCGUAGCCCCGCUGCCUGCCCUGCUCCAGGCUCCACCUGCGCCGCCGAUCGCACGAGUAUCGCGGGGGCCCAGGCCAGCUGAGUCCGUUUUCUGCGCCGGGGUGGCGCCCCUCCAUCCUUCGUAACGCCGGUCCGGCAGCAAGGAAUGUUCCCGGGACCUCAGAAACCAGGCUCAGAGCUUGACAUCCCUGCAAGGGGACAGCCUCAUCUGCCCAGACUGGUGGGGUCUCUGCAGGUGCCCAGGCUCUGGUGCAGCCCCCAGCAAUGCAUCGCCGGAGACUGGCCCUGGGUCUGGGGUUCUGCCUGUUGGCGGGCACAAGCCUCAGUGUCCUGUGGGUGUACGUUGAGAACUGGCUGCCAGUCUCCUAUGUCCCCUAUUAUCUCCCCUGCCCAGAGAUCUUCAACAUGAAGCUGCACUGCAAGAGGGAGAAGCCACUGCAGCCCGUGGCAUGGUCACAGUACCCCCAGCCCAAGCUGCUGGAGCACAGGUGGAUAAUAGUACCUAGCUCCCUGGAGGUUGGAGGAGCAGAUGAGAGGCCCACACAGCUGCUGACACUCACACCCUGGUUAGCGCCCAUCGUCUCCGAGGGGACCUUCAACCCAGAGCUUCUGCAGCACAUCUACCAGCCACUGAACCUGACCAUUGGGGUCACGGUGUUUGCCGUGGGGAAGUACACUGACUUCAUCCAGUCCUUCCUGGAGUCAGCCGAGGAGUUCUUCAUGCGUGGGUACCAGGUACACUACUACAUCUUCACUGACAACCCUGCAGCCGUUUCCGGGGUCCCGCUGGGUCCCCGCCGGCUCCUCAGCACCAUCCCCAUUCAGGGUCACUCCAACUGGGAAGAGACAUCCAUGCGCCGGAUGGAGACCAUCAGCCAGCACAUUGCUAAGAGGGCUCACCGGGAGGUGGACUACCUCUUUUGCCUUGAUGUGGACAUGGUGUUUCGGAACCCAUGGGGCCCUGAGACCUUGGGAGACCUGGUGGCUGCCAUUCACCCAAGCUACUACGCCACACCCCGCCAGCAGUUUCCCUACGAGCGCAGGCAUGUUUCCACUGCCUUCGUGGCAGACAGCGAAGGGGACUUCUAUUAUGGUGGGAAAGUCUUUGGGGGGCAGGUGGCCAGGGUAUAUGAGUUUACCAGGGGCUGUCACAUGGCCAUCCUGGCGGACAAGGCCAACGGCAUCAUGGCAGCCUGGCGGGAGGAAAGCCACCUGAAUCGUCGCUUCAUCUCAAGCCGUCCAAGGUGCUGUCCCCCGAGUACCUCUGGGAUGACAGGAAGCCCCAGCCGCCCAGCCUGAAGCUGAUCCGCUUUUCUACACUGGACAAGGAUAUCAGCUCCUGAGGAGCUGACCACGGAGCUGGGGCUGCCAUGGAUGGGGAUCCAAAGCCCUGCAGCCACCAGCACUUCACUAGCGUGCAGACCAGCCCUGUCCCACUUCCCUCUGUCAGUCAGGCGAAUUUAACUGGAAAAGGGAUGUGGAAAGGCCACUGUGAACUGCAGAGGGCUGUGCACACAGUAGCACACAAGAUCUCACAGUAAUGUGGCACAGGAACGGUGAGACGGGGGAGGGGAGGCGCAGUUAUAAAGGCAGGGCCCGGCAGGCUUGCCGCGUUCUGCAGCUGUGCCUUUGUGGGGCAGGCUCCGAAGCCUCAGCCCGACUCAGAGUGCCUGAACCCUGCCGCGCCAGCCUCCCAUUUAUUGCAUAUUGCCCUUAACAUAGCAUUUCUAAUACCCUAGUGUGAAGGCACCCUAGACCCCUUUUCUCUGGUCACAGGGGUCCUGUGUCCCUUGAUGUCUCCCAACCACAUGUAGCUAAUUCCUCACUCAGGCCCCCAGAGAGAGCCUUUGAAAUGGAGCAGGUCUAGGCUCCCUCUGGUUUCCUGCACCCCAAAGUGAGCCGCACUCUCAGGGGACUAGCCACCUCCUUCUUAAGAGGGUUUGGGGCAGUUUAUAAUAAAGGUGGUGUGUGCU